AUGGCGGCGGCGGCGGGUGCCCCUCCGCUGGGUCCGCCGCAGCCGCCUCCGCCGCCGGCGCCCGAGGAAUCGUCGGACAGUGAGCCCGAGGCAGAGCCCGGCUCCCCACAGAAGCUCAUCCGCAAGGUGUCCACGUCGGGUCAGAUCCGUCAGAAGACUGUCAUCAAGGAGGGGAUGCUGACGAAGCAGAACAAUUCAUUCCAGCGAUCAAAAAGGAGAUACUUUAAGCUUCGUGGACGAACACUGUACUAUGCCAAAACUGCAAAGUCAAUCAUAUUUGACGAGGUGGACCUGACGGAUGCCAGCGUAGCUGAAUCCAGCACCAAAAAUGUCAACAAUAGUUUUACGGUCAUCACUCCCUGUAGGAAGCUCAUCUUGUGUGCUGAUAACAGAAAAGAAAUGGAAGACUGGAUUGCGGCGCUCAAGACUGUCCAGAACAGGGAGCAUUUCGAGCCUACCCAGUAUAGCAUGGACCAUUUCUCAGGGAUGCACAACUGGUAUGCAUGUUCCCACGCGCGGCCAACCUACUGCAACGUGUGUCGUGAGGCGCUGUCUGGGGUCACGUCCCAUGGGCUGUCUUGUGAAGUGUGCAAAUUUAAAGCCCACAAACGGUGUGCUGUGCGUGCAACCAAUAAUUGCAAGUGGACCACACUGGCCUCGAUUGGGAAGGACAUCAUUGAGGACGAGGAUGGGAUUGCCAUGCCUCACCAGUGGCUGGAAGGUAACUUACCCGUGAGCGCCAAGUGCACAGUAUGCGACAAGACCUGCGGCAGUGUGCUGCGCCUACAGGACUGGCGCUGCCUCUGGUGCAAGGCCAUGGUUCAUACUUCGUGUAAAGAAUCCUUGCUGACCAAAUGCCCGCUCGGUCUAUGUAAGGUGUCAGUCAUCCCUCCCACGGCGCUCAACAGCAUUGACUCUGACGGGUUCUGGAAGGCCACCUGUCCUCCGUCUUGCACAAGUCCCCUGCUGGUCUUCGUCAAUUCCAAGAGUGGGGACAACCAGGGUGUGAAAUUCCUCAGAAGGUUCAAGCAGCUGCUGAACCCUGCCCAGGUCUUUGACCUCAUGAAUGGAGGACCACACCUCGGCUUACGGUUAUUCCAGAAGUUUGACACCUUCCGGAUUCUGGUUUGUGGUGGGGAUGGCAGUGUUGGCUGGGUCCUCUCUGAAAUUGACAGCCUCAACCUUCACAAACAGUGUCAGCUGGGAGUGUUACCCCUGGGGACAGGAAAUGAUCUGGCCCGAGUGCUUGGUUGGGGCUCAGCCUGUGACGAUGAUACCCAGCUUCCGCAGAUCUUGGCGAAGCUGGAGAGGGCCAGCACUAAGAUGUUGGACAGGUGGAGCGUCAUGGCGCACGAGACCAAACUCCCUCGGCAGGCCUCUUCCUCCACUGUCACCGAAGACUUCAGUGAGGAUUCCGAGGUACAGCAGAUUCUCUUCUAUGAAGACUCAGUUGCAGCCCAUCUUUCUAAAAUCCUGACCUCAGAUCAGCACUCGGUGGUCAUCUCAUCAGCCAAAGUGCUUUGCGAGACAGUGAAGGACUUUGUGGCCCGGGUGGGCAGGGCCUACGAGAAGACAACUGAGAGCUCAGAGGAGUCAGAGGUCAUGGCCAAGAAGUGCUCUGUCCUGAAGGAGAAGUUGGACUCUCUCCUGAAGACCUUGGAUGAUGAGUCCCAGGCCUCGUCCUCUUUGCCCAACCCACCCCCUACCAUUGCUGAGGAGGCUGAAGAUGGGGAUGGAUCGGGCAGUGUCUGUGGCUCCACUGGGGACCGCCUGGUGGGCUCGGCAUGUCCUGCCCGGCCACAGAUCUUCCGGCCUCGAGAGCAGCUCAUGCUGAGAGCCAACAGCCUGAAGAAAGCGAUUCGCCAGAUCAUAGAACACACAGAGAAAGCUGUUGAUGAACAGAAUGCCCAGACCCAGGAGCAGGAGGGCUUCAUGCUGGGCCUCCCGGAGGCAGAAGAGAAGAAGGACUCAAGGACAGAUGGCAGAGUAUGCCCACCGCUAUCCCACAGUGAGAGCUGCGGGGUCCUCAAAGGGAGAAGCCACCGCAAAGCAUCCAGAUCCCCAUGUGAGAAGCUAAUGAGCAAAGGAGGUCUGUCCUUGGGCAACUCUGCCUCUCUUCCUCCCCAGGCAGGAAGCCGAGAUGGCCUGCCUGCACUGAACACCAAGAUCCUGUUCCCAAGUGUUCGGGCUGGGAUGUCUGGUUCCUUGCCUGGGGGCUCUGUCAUCAGUCGCUUAUUAAUUAACGCUGACCCCUUUAAUGCUGAACCCGAAAACCUGGAGUGCUACACAGAGAAGUGUGUCAUGAACAACUAUUUUGGCAUUGGCCUGGAUGCGAAGAUCUCCCUGGACUUUAACAAUAAGCGUGACGAGCACCCGGAGAAGUGCAGGAGUCGGACCAAGAACAUGAUGUGGUAUGGAGUCCUGGGCACCAAGGAGCUGCUGCACAGAACCUACAGGAACCUGGAGCAGAAGGUCUUGCUGGAGUGUGAUGGUCGACCAAUCCCCCUCCCUAGUCUUCAGGGAAUCGCUGUCCUCAACAUUCCCAGCUAUGCUGGAGGGACCAACUUCUGGGGGGGCACCAAGGAAGAUGAUACUUUUGCAGCUCCGUCGUUUGAUGAUAAGAUUCUGGAGGUGGUCGCUGUGUUUGGCAGCAUGCAGAUGGCUGUGUCUCGUGUAAUUAAGCUGCAGCAUCACCGAAUCGCACAGUGUCGCACCGUGAAGAUUUCCAUCCUGGGGGAUGAGGGUGUACCUGUGCAGGUGGAUGGAGAGGCCUGGAUCCAGCCCCCUGGAUACAUUCGGAUUAUCCACAAGAACCGGGCACAGACGCUGACCAGAGAUAGGGCCUUUGAGAACACCCUGAAGUCCUGGGAAGACAAACAGAAGUGUGAGCUGCCCCGCCCACCAUCUUUUUCACUGCAUCCAGAGAUCCUGUCUGAGGAGGAGGCCAUCCACAUGGACCAGUUUGGGCAGGCGGCCGGGGUCCUCAUCCACAGCAUCCGGGAAGUAGCCCAGUGCCACCGGGAUGUGGAGCAGGAGCUCGCUCAUGCCGUCAACGCCAGCUCCAAGGCCAUGGACCGAGUGUAUGGCAAGCCUAGGGCUGCGGAGGGGCUGAACUGCAGCUUUGUCCUGGAGAUGGUGAAUAACAUCAGGGCUCUGCGCAGCGAGACGGAGCUGCUGCUGUCUGGGAAGAUGGCCCUGCAAUUGGACCCUCCUCAGAAGGAGCGGCUGGGUGCUGCUCUCGCCGAGAUGGACCGGCAGCUUAGGAAGCUGGCAGAUACGCCCUGGCUCUGCCAGCCCACAGAGCCUGGUGAUGAAGAGAAUGUGAUGUUGGAUCUUUCCAAACGCAGCCGCAGUGGUAAAUUCCGCCUGGUGACCAAAUUUAAAAAGGAGAAAAACAACAAGAACAAAGAAGCUUACAGUAGCCUGGGAGCCCCGGUUCACCUCUGGGGGACAGAGGAGGUGGCUGCCUGGCUGGAGCACCUCAGUCUCUGUGAGUAUAAGGACAUCUUCACGCGGCACGACAUCCGGGGCUCUGAGCUCCUGCACCUGGAGCGGAGGGACCUCAAGGACCUUGGCGUAACCAAAGUGGGACACAUGAAGAGGAUCCUGUGUGGAAUCAAGGAACUGAGCCGGGGCUCCCCUGCCACCGAGGCCUAGCCUCUGUCUUCUCGGCCUGCAUCCUCCGCUCCUCCCGCGACUGAGGCCCAGGGAGGACUGCCCCUGGCCUCUCAUGGUGCUACUCCCUUUGUUAGUGACAGGAAGCCGCUCUUGACUCCCGUCCAUAACAGCUCCAGGAGUCCUGAACAUACCAACACAGCUACCUUUGAAACACCACCUUUCCCAGCUCAGAGUCCGGCCCAGUCUCGGCUUUCACUGACCUGUCGUGGGCCACAGGGACUCUGGGUACCAGACGCUUCUGCAGAAACUUGCCUAGGCCCUGAGCCUGGGUUACCCUGUGGGCCCCUCUGCGUGUGCUUUGUUGGCCACAUUGGUGGCACCAUCUCUGCCCCUGCUGGCUCUCAGAAGCAUGGUUUGGGCUCAGUGCGUGGUGGGCCCCUGCCAGAACAUUCUUUGUGCCUGACAGCCACCCUGUGGCUCUUCCCAGCAGCCCCACGAGGCAGUCCACUGCUACUGCCCUGUUCAUUCAGAAGGUUUUUGUUUCUAACAAAGGCUGUGUACUCUGCUGGUCUUGAAAGUGAACGGACUUGUUUUGAGUUCUGUUUGCUUUAACCUGCUCUAAAGAGGAGGGGAGCAAAGUUCUCGUCCAGCCAAGGCAGCGCGUGGUUCUGUUCCUCAGCUCUCAGGCCUUCCUCAUUCACUGCAGGCCUGCGGUCCUCCUCUGCAUCCUCUCUUAGGCUGUGGGCAUGGACAUCCCUCCUUUCUACAGGAUACCAUGGACCUCAGGAGUCCCGCUUGGAGCCACAAGGGUGUGUGGGUUGGGGUUAGCUCAGUACUUCUGGGGAGGAGAAGCUUCCCAGGUCUGGGGAAGCUGUCUGUUCUGUGGGAGAGUGUAUGGGUUUCCAGGAGCACGUCCCUGGGUGGGCUGGGUCCUUCUUCCUAUCAGGAGGCCCAGAUUCUCGGGCCAUGGGCUAGCAUCUAGUCUCCUGCUACCAGACCUGGUGUCCCUGAAGGUUGUCUGCAGACUCUGGGCCAAAUCAAGUGGUUCCCUGGGCUGGAUGACUCUGGCCCAGGACUCCUGCCCUGCCUCUGUUCAGGGAUCUAGCUCCAGCCCCAGGGCAGGGCUGAGUCCUUCGCCCUUGGUCCUCACUGCCACCGACUCAGCCCUUUCUUUCCUUUUUGAAGUUGGUUGUUAGGAAGCUGCCCUAGGGGCUUGUAAUGCCACCCGGAAAGGUCUUGUAACAUUGUAACAGCCCCCUCCUGAGGAAGGUGCCAGGCUGCAGCUGUACACCUGAGAGAAGGCAGUGUAUGAGUGUCUCCAUGCACCGCCCGGCCCUUUAGUGGGGUCACCCCAUCUAAUGUGGGGAGGCUGGGUGGGGAGCUGCUCGGGGCACUUCAGAGGCACCUGCUGAGCGGUGUGUGGACUGUCCAGGGUCUGCAGGGUCUUGUGUGCUCUGCCCUGCGAACACUCCCCACAGUGGUCCUGCUGGGGGCUGGGAUCCAGUCGAGUGUGGAGUCAGCGUGUCUACCAUUGGGCCUUUCUCAGGCCCAAUUCCAGUGGCGUGGGUACCUGGGUGGAGACCGAGCAUGGACUUUGCCGCCUGCCUGAGGUAGUGUUGGUGGAGACAGUAGUCAUCCAGCCCUGGGAGACACUUGAUUUCCAAGUGGGAAAGGAUAACCGUGGAGGUGACAAUCCUGUGCCCGUGGUACUACAAGCCCUGGGUCAGACUGGACCUUAAGCUAGAAGGGGACACAAGAAGCAGCCGACAGUUGCACUGGGGCCAUCUCAAGUCCUCAGUCUUCCUCUGGGGGAAGCACUGGGUUUGGGCUGGGGGUGUUACAGUUGGUGUUGUCAGUGACUACAACACUGGUCACACAGAAACGCACCAUAGUUCUCAGAGUCGGCAGAGAAUUGCCUAUGAGGAGCACUGAUGGCCUGUGCCACACGCCUGGGGCCGAGGCCAUGGUCCUCCUGUUCUGCCUUUCUUGGGUCAGCUGCUCAGAGUCCCAGGGCGAAGAAUGUAGGGAAGGGAGGGGCUGCUUAGGUCUUGGGGAAGAGGCCUUGUGCCCAGUUGGGGUCACCCCUCUAUUUAUAAUCUUAAUUUAUAUAGUGGCCACCAGAAAGCAGCCGCCUCUUGUAUUGUUAUGUACAUAGCCCAGCAGAGCUGUAAAUACCUUGUUCUGUGUAUAAAUAAACCAGCCUGUUUUGAUCGUCA